UGGUUCUGUUCUACAAAAAUUCUUUUAUAUAUAGUGAUGUCUUGCAUUUGAGCACUUUUUGCUUUUGUUUUACAAGUUCUUUGUGGCUCUAUUGGUUUUGUUUUCCUUCUUGUAAUGUCAAUUCAUACAACUACAGUAUUCAUGUAAUACUUGGUAUUAUUUUUCUUUUUUCUUGUAGGUAGAAAAGGAAUAUGGUUAUUAUGAACAAUCAUAUGGAGAUGGAGGGAAGAAAUAUGCCUUGUGGGCUGCCAAUAUGGCCCUUUCUCAGAACAUAGGUGUGCCUUGGAUAAUGUGCCAACAGUGGGAUAAACCUGAUCCUGUGAUAAAUACUUGUAAUGGAUUCUACUGUGACGACUUUACUCCAAGUUCUUCCAAAAGUCCGAAGAUUUGGACUGAGAACUGGCCUGGAUGGUUCAAAACAUUUGGCGACGUGGAUCCUCACAGACCUGUCGAAGAUGUUACUUAUGAUAUUGCUCGUUUUUUUCAGAAGAGUGGAAGUGUACACAACUAUUACAUAGUUAGUUAACUCGAUCUCUGUGUCACUGAUUUAUAGUAUAUGGCCAUUGUCGAAUAACUCUAGUUAGGUACUAUGAUUCCAGCAAUUGAUACAGAGAUUGGCAUAGAAUUAAAAAAAAAAGAAAAAAGAAAGGUCAGAGAUUCAAAGGAAUAAGAAGGUACAAAGAGAAAGGAAGGGUUUUUUUUUCUCAAUGUUAAAUAGUGAUAAUGGUCAAAUUGGGAAAGUUGAUUAUUUUUGGAAUCUGAAAUUCUGAAGUGGAAAUUUUGCAAAAUUUUGAGUUCGUUGGUGCAUCCGGUUAAUUUUUAGCUGAAAGUGUACCGUAUAGUUUUCAAUUAUUCAUUACCAAAGUAAAUUAAAUUUGAAGGGGAAUGAACAACUGAAUCCAUUGUAUUUUGUCGUCUUACUUUGGUGUGCACCCCACUAAAAAUGUAAUGAAGCAUGUUACUCAGACUCUUGUG